AUGUUUGCAGCGGAACGGGUUGCAACCGGACAUGAUGUCGAAGUAGCCGUGAAGUUACAAUAUGCUAGUACGUUUCUUAGUGGCCGUGAAUUGGCAUGGUAUCGCGAGACUGCCGGGUGUUUUAACACUUGGGGGGAGAUGUCUGCCAGUCUGCAAAACGACUGCCGAGAGAAGCUUAUGGCAGUACGUCAGACUGGUUCGGUGCGUGCAUAUACUGAAAAUUUCCAGGAGCUUCUACUCAAUGUACCGCGCAUUGCUGACGAGGAGAAGGUUGCUAUCUUCAUUCGUGGACUGACGGAUCAGCUGAAGAUGGAAGUUCGUCUUAAGCACAGGUGA